AUGGCAACAUUUACUAAAUCAACACCACCUCAUGAGGUUUUGGGUGUCGAGGAAGAUGCGACCGAAAGACAGGUCAAAACAGCAUACAGAAAGCUCUGCAAGAUCUUUCACCCGGACAAGAACCCAAAUAGCCUGGCAUGGGCCACUGCCAAGUUCAAACAGCUCCAUCACGCGUAUGAGGUCAUGGUCAGUACGCAAGCCGCUCGAGACUACGCAGCACAAAAGCGUCGAGCUCAGCCUCAGUAUCACCGGCAAGAAAAGCAAGAAGAAGAAACUCGGCCGCCGAUACCACAUUGGAAUCUGAAUGAACACAUACCGCCAGUAGGUCCACCGGAACCAACAUGCGUUCAUGCUUCUUGUCAGACCUAUAGGGCAACCCUCACUCAGACUCUGACGGUGCUGGACAAGAUCGAGGCCCAGCUCAAGCAUUUCUACGAGAUUCUUACCAAGCAGACCUUCCCCAAUGUCAGUCUCUGUGAUGACCUCGCGGAGUCAAUCUCGCAGGCCAAGCUCCAAGCUACUCUCCUGUCGAAGUUGAGUCACAUGGCAUGUUUCGUUGAUGCUGGCAAGGUUGACGUCGUUGACCUCAUCUUUGAUCUUGCAGCUGUCCUGCUUAAGCACUCGCGAUUGCUGGAACAAAACGAGAUCGCCUCUAAGAUAGAUGAGGUCUCUGCUGAGGCAGCUGAGUGCUCAACCAACUACGGAAAGCUCUCCGAGACUCUGGACACUUUCUUACUGGCAAUGGGCAAGUCAGGAUUCCGCGAAGAGGAGACUGAGUCCAAACAGAAGCCCGUGGUUCCAGAGUUCAAGUGGGAGGAUUUUAAGGUCUCGAAAUCGAAGGCGACUCACCUGUAUCAGCAAAAGAAAGAGGUCAAGCUUGAUCUGCCUACUGAUGCAGUUAAGGAUAAACCGAUCUUUAGCGGUCAUUCCAGCCACCGAGCAAGCGACGCCGACGAGGUGCUAGGCUGCUUCCUUCUCCCUCUAAAGGCUACAGCAAGGCAACAGACCAAGCGACGUCAACGAGGUGCUAGGCUGCAUUUCUUCUCCCUCAACGACUACAGCAAGCCAACAAGAGCAAGACAACAGAUCAAGCGACGCCAACGAGGUUCUUUACCACAGCGUACUGCCUCUGCGGACACAGCAAGCCACCGAGCAAGCGACGCCGACGAGGUUCUUUACCACAGCGUACUGCCUCUACGGCUACAGCAAGCCACUGUGCAAGCCACGCCACCGAGGAUUCUGGACACAUCGUCCGCCCUCACCGGCAAGAGCAAGGACUUCUGUCGACACCCUUCGACGAAGACACCAAGCCCUUUGAGCAAGCGACCGGCACUCUACUUCCUUCUCCCUCUAAAGGCUACAGCAAGGCAACAGACCAAGCGACGUCAACGAGGUGCUAGGCUGCAUUUCUUCUCCCUCAACGACUACAGCAAGACAACAAAUCAAGCGACGCCGACGGAGGUGCUAGGCUACAAUUUCUUCUCCCUCCUAAAGGCUACAGCAAGCCAAAAUGAGCAAGGCAACAGACCAAGCGACGCCAACGAGGUUCUUGACUACAACGUCCUGCCUCAGCGGCUACAGCAAGCCACAGAGCAAAGCCGUCAAGGCAUACAAGCCAUUUGA